CUCGAAAACGUACGACUGCAAGUCUACAACCCCUCUUCCUUAUCGUCGCAGCAACACCAGAUCGAAGCCCCGCUACCUUUCUUCGACCCAGCCAGAUACAACGGCGGGCCGUGAAGUGACGGCACCACUGCAGCAACGGCGGCGACUGUAAAAUUCGAACCCCUCGCUAGAUCGGUUCCAGAUUUCGCAGGGGUUGGAGCGAAUCCGGUCUCAGCUCUACAGAUUGAGAGGCUUGGUCUCUAUCUAUCUAUUCUCCCUCCACCCGAGAUCGGAGCCCCGGUACCCUUUUUCGACCCUGAUACAACGGCGGUCGUGAAGUGAAGGCACGACUGCAGCGACGAGACGCUGCACGGCAACCACCCGGCCCUCGCUCGAUCGGGAUCGGGAUUGGAGUGAAUCCGGUCCUGGUUCUACAGAUUGAGACUUGAUCUCUAUCUGAAAAAUAAGGACGCGAUGCUAGAAACUUAUGAAAAACUGCUAAAGCAAGUGGAUAACAGAGCUAGGUUCCUUGCCGGUGUUCUCAGUGGUGACAUCCAAUGCAUCAACAGGAACAAAAACGAGCUACGACGAGAGUUCAUUGAAAAGGGAUUUGAUCCCCUCCCAGAGGAGGGGCAACCCGUUGUCAUACGACCAACAGGAGUCAAGGAAGAUGCCAGUGAUUAUGACUAUCUCACCAAAAUGUCAGUUUCUAGCUUAACCGAGGAGUACCUGGAGCAUCUUCUGGUACUAAAGAAGAGACUUGAAAUAAAAGUUGGACUCCUACGGAAAGCUGCAGCAGAAUAUCUGAAAUCUGAAAAGGAACCAAGGUUGCUUGGCACAAAUUACAGAAAAGCUCCAUCAGAUAGAGAUGGCAUGGCUGCCAAGGACAGUCAGGUAUUUGAAGCAGCUCCCAGGAGGCAGUGUAAAAGGACUGCAGCCGAUUCUCUUGAGGAAAGUGCAAUGCUGAUGGAUGGUGAUGAGAAUGAGGCUCUCGAACUUAAAGAUCAGUCCCAAGAACAUACAGGUAAGCACAAGUAUAAUGCUGCCAUUGUCAAAGUACAAAUCUUUAAUGGGCAAAUUACUUGUGCAUACAUAGAAACUGAAUGGUCACAAAAGCAAGAAAGAAAGAAACAGAGGAAAGGACCAAAGAGGCAGAGAAAGGAAUCAAGUGAAACAGGCACACCAAUACAUUGCUGCCCUGCACUGGAUCUUCGGGGCCACGAAAAAUCAGGGGACGGCUUCCUCGUGGAAGAAAUUAAGAGAAUAUCAAGUGGUUUAGAUGAGAUUGAGAUUACCCACUGUAGAUCAAAGUAUGGUAGCUCACGAGUUGGCUAAAUUAAACUUUCGCGGUGCAUCUGUGUCUCUUUGCCAUGAGGGCCUACUGUAGUUUCCCUUGUCGCUUGCUGAUGUAAAGCUUUCUGAUUAUUACAUAUCAGUCUUUCUCCAGAGUGAUGUAUUAUUACUAUAAGUGACGAAUUGUAGUUAAAUGCUGCUUACUCUGCCUAGUAGAUAAGCUAAUGAAAGAGUAUUAGUGGUGUAGGAGAAUCUGAUCUGGGGUUAUG